GGGUGUUGCAUGCACAAGGAGUGUGACAGAGACCGAGCAGUGAGCAAAAAAGAGGCUCAGAGACAGAGAGGAGAGCACAGAGCAGAGAUGAGGACCGAACACUGAGACAGAUUUAGUUGUAAGGACUGAGAUCUGCACACGAACGUGAGUAAAAGAGGGCAAAGAGGAAGUAAGUGAAGGUGGAAGGAGAGCAGGAAGGGAGGGAGAUAAAGGGAUGCGAGAUGAUGAAGCCCAGAAAUAGGUUUCACAGGACAGAUUUUCAUCCCUGCUCUCUGCAGCAGACAUGACUCUGGGCAUUGGGCUGUGCUGAAAUUAGCCCGAGGGACGACACGGGAUAGCAGGUCUGCAGCGAACUGCUUUGGUUCAGCCUCACUGGAUGCUGCAAGGCAGCUGAUUUAUUACGAGGGGCUGGGUGGCAGCAUGCUUGCGCGCACGGGUCUGAGUGUAUGUGUGUGUAUGCAGGUUUUUAUGGGUCUGUAUAGCACUCAGAGCUGCAGGAACGACCAUUCCUCCAGUCAUGAAAUGACAUUCAGCAGGCAGGAGCUUUGUGUGCUGGUGUGUAUCUGCAGUCCUCAGUAGGAAGUGGGAGAGUGGGAUUCAGAGCUGUCAUUGUGAGAAAGUGUGUGUGUGUUUACAGUGCUGCUCGUUGAGGUGAGCCAAGGAGGAUCAGCUGUAGGCUAUGUGGUGUGCGAGUGUGUUUAGGUUAUAGCAGCAAGGGUGCAGCAAAGGCAGUACACAAUGCAAGGACGAGUGCAGAGCAGCACUGAUGGCAGGGAGUACAGCUGAAGUACAAGGAGUGCCCUGGGGGUAGGGUGGAGGACGAAAGAAGACAGAGGAAGGGAGAACAGCGAAGGGACAGAAAGAGACAAGUGGAAAAGAGAGGGCGAUCAUGGCUGUCAUACAGUGAGCUAUAGCAUAUGCUGUAGCGCAGAGCAGAGUGGUGCGGCAAGGGGAGGACAAGCAUCACUGCACUGGGGAGGGGGAGAGACUGAGGGAAAGAGGAGGGGGAGGCAAUCAGUUCAGCACCUCUCCUUCACAAGAGAGGGAAGCACAGUGGGACAGGCCAAGAAGAAGACACUUACUCCCAUUCACUGAGACGCACUGACGAGGAGCCAGGUCAACGUGUAGAGGUCAAAAGGGAGUUGGUGUGGGACAGGGGGGGUUGGUGUGCCCCUGCUGGUCCACAACAGUGCAGGCUGGUCCUGCAAAAGAGAGGAACGAGUUCACCGAAAAUUGAAGGGUUGGCUUCCGAAGUCCCGUUUCUCCUGACUGCGCUGCCGCCUUUUCUUCACCAUGGGAGAAUGGACCAUUUUAGAGAGGCUGCUGGAGGCAGCUGUCCAGCAGCACUCUACCAUGAUUGGAAGGUGGCCAGAAAAAGGAGACCAAAGGGAUGUCCGUGUUGCUCUGUUUCUGCUGGAUAUGAUCCUGCUGACAGUGGUGGUGAUUUUCCGUAUUCUAAUUGUUGGAAUAGUGGGCGAGAAGGUGUAUGAAGAUGAACAAAUCAUGUUCAUCUGUAACACCAUGCAGCCCGGCUGCAACCAGGCCUGUUAUGACAAGGCAUUCCCGAUCUCGCACAUCCGCUACUGGGUGUUCCAGAUCAUCUUGGUGUGCACGCCGAGCCUGUGCUUCAUCACAUAUUCUGUUCACCAGUCUGCUAAAGCCCGUGAUCGAAGCUAUUCUCUCUUGCAUCCUUACAUGGAUCACCACGGUCACGGUCACCAUGGCCGCCAUCAUGACCAUCACGCCCGCAAGCUCCAUGCUCGCAACAUUAAUGGCAUCCUGGUGCAUCCUGAAAGCAGUAAGGAAGAUCAUGACUGCUUGGAAGUCAAGGAGAUCCCCAAUGGACCUCGGGGGCUACCUCAAACACACAAAAGUGCAAAAGUACGAAGGCAAGAAGGCAUCUCCCGUUUCUACGUCAUCCAGGUUGUGUUUCGCAAUGCACUGGAGAUUGGCUUUCUGGCCGGGCAGUACUUCCUAUAUGGCUUCAAUGUGCCAGGGAUGUUUGAGUGUGACCGCUACCCAUGUGUGAAGGAGGUGGAGUGUUAUGUCUCUCGUCCAACAGAAAAAACCGUCUUUCUGGUCUUUAUGUUUGCAGUGAGUGGCAUAUGCGUGCUGCUCAACCUGGCAGAGCUCAAUCACAUUGGAUGGAGGAAAAUAAAAACGGCCAUUCGAGGUGUGCAAGCCCGAAGGAAGUCCAUCUGUGAAGUGCGCAAGAAGGAUGUGUCACACCUGUCCCAGGCCCCAAACCUGGGCAGAACCCAGUCUAGUGAGUCAGCUUAUGUCUGACAGAGGCUUCUCUGCCUGGGAACUCGAGGACCAUUGAAAUUUUGGAGAAGAGCUUUUCCCUGGCGUGCUCAGUAGAGCAAAAAAUACUAAUAAUAAAAAACAACCCCAAAAAACAAAUAACGAACAAUCAACAAACUGGCCAUUGAACUUUUUUCAGGUGCACAGACUUUGUGUUGCCACAGCUGGACAUUAAAUCACCAAGUAGACUUCUUUACACCUUCUUUACAAACUGAAAACUGUGUUGCUGUCUCACCUCAGACUCAUAAAAUGAGAUUCCUGCUCUGCCUAGGAGACACUAGGUGCCUUCAAACAAUCUAACAGAUGAAACUGAGCAAAUGGUUCAAUAAUAUUUAAAUCCUGUAAAGAAAGUCUGAAGUUGAAUUAUAUGAAGGUUUUUAUCAUUUGCCUUUAAUGUAUGUCAGAUAAAGAUUUUUCAUAUAUUGUAUAUGUCCAUAUGCAAAGGGUUAAGCGUGUGCAUGCAUACGCAUGUGAGUUUGAAAAAAAAAACAGCUUGUCUCUGAUUUAUUCAGACAAAUGAAUGAUGAGCUAAUCUGAGCUACUGAAAGAAAGAUAACGUUGCCACUCAUUGUCCACAAUUAUUGAGAAAAGUCACUUGGUAGAGAAAACAAAAGCACCUUUUUUAAAACAAACUCCAAAACUAAUAGCACUAAAAGGACCAAUGGAAACUGGAACACAUUAUUUAUUGUUGGUGUUGCAGAUCUUUCCUGAGAAAAAUGUCACUGUCCUCCAAAUGUUUUCUUUGUGUGUGGUUUUGUUUAUCUUUUGGCAUUAGGAGUCAGUCAAAGAACAGACUGGCAUGGGAUGUCUGGGAGCUUUUGCUUAAAUUGAUAAUUGUUGAUGAGUUUAAUGUUAUUUUCAUCAAUGUGUCAGAUCUCUGUAUUGCUUCUAGCACCUGCAAGACUUACUGCUUACUCUCAGGAGCCACUGAGAAAAGUCAGGAAAAGUGUGCCGGUGUCUCCACCUUAGGUUUAUAAAAUGAUUGCAGUCGAAAGCUAAUGAAUGGAAUAACUUGCAGAUCUUUUCAGUAAAACAGGUAAAGUAGUAGAGUCACAAAUGUUUUAAAAUAUAACCUCAAGCUUUUCUUUUUUUUUUCAGAAGCCAAUUUGGUGCCAUUUUUCAAAGUUACCUGUACAUAGAUGAAAUGUAGUAAUUACAUUUAGCCUUUUCCCUAGGUCGUAGAGAUAGGCUUAAUGUGGGUGGGGGAAAACUGGGGCUUGGGAGGGCCCAAAGAUUAAUCAUAGAUUUCCAGCUUUAACAAUAUGUAUCAUUAAUGUGCUCUUUGUUAUGCCUUCACCCCCUAAUGGAGACUAUAUGUUCCAAAAAGUGUUUUCCCCCUCUUUGGACUUUGAAAAAGGCAUGUUACUGAAGCACUAAUAGAAUGGAUAGAUUAUGAUAUGUAACUUAAAAAAGAGAUUGUUUAAUUUAUUUGCAUCCUGCUCCUGUGAAAUGUUAUACUCAGCAUGCGUUAAGAUGAAAAAUAUAAAGAGAUACGAACAAAGAAUCUUAUUAUGGGAAUCCUGAAAGUGAUAACCUGAAAGGUGCCACAAUUGCAGCAAUAAUAUAUAGUAUGUGGAAAAAAAUAUGUAAAUAAAUGAUUAUGCAGUGA